UAAGAAUAUUUGUUUAAUAUAUUUUCGUACAUUUCUAGAUAUUUAACAAAAAUUUCAAUAUAUAUUAUAAGGUACUUGAAGUUCUUUUCUUAAUUCCACUAUUAUAUUACUACUUACAAAAGAACAGGAAAAAGAAAUUAUGUACAAAUUUAGACGUACAAAUUUUCUAUUCCAAUCUUUGUUUUCUAAAUUAGUGAGUUCUAUCCAAAAGUUCAACAUCACGCACGUUUAUUUAUAAGGAAAAAAGGUCUUACUAAUUAGUGGAAUGUGCUCAAUCAAUAUGUAUUACAUUAGCAUCACAGAAGUGGACGUGAAUCAAGUAAAAGCGAGGAAUCACGCCUUCUGUGGUCCGUUUGAUCAUGAUCGUUUGACGAUGGCACCAAAGAGACCUCAAGAACCUCCCUGAUGACAAGCGAGACCGUUGGAAACAAGAGGUGUAGACGGAGCGAUCUCUUCGAAGAGGUGCGUCGUACCAAGAAAUCGGUACAUUUAUAGCGAUCGUCUUACGUAGUCAGCGUACGUAUCAUAUAAUUAUCUGAAUAACGUAAAUUGCUGUCUCAUAUUAUUGAUAAUUUGUAAAUAUCGCUGGUAUUAACGCAUUGAAUAUUAGAGACCAUCAAUGUUAUUGACAUGUGACGUAUAAAAUACAAUCACGAAUAAGAAGUAAUAAAUUAUAAGUAGCAUCAUUAUCGUUACUGCUAUUUUUUUAUAAUGAUGAUUUGGUAAUGGUAAUUUGUUAAAAGAGACUACAUCUAAUGUUAUAGAAAAUUUAUAUAAAAAAUUGUAACAUUAUCAAAUCACUAUUAUAAAAAAAAGUAAUGAUUUACUUGUAACGCAUAACUUUUCUAGAUACAAUUAAUUAUAAUAUACAAAUUGACAAUAUUAUAUCAAUAAUGUAAUAUUAAUUAAAAGACCAAAUAAAUGUACGUAUCAAAAUUGCAGUUAUCAAUUACAGUAAUGCAUUUACAACCUUUAAUUCGUUUUUCUAAUGAGACAAAUCCCAAGAGAAACCCGUGCGACAACUAACAAUACAGUUAACACGUUAAUAAAUAACAAUAGAGGAAAAAACAGAUAAUGAUAAUAGAGAUAAAUUUUGACGUAGCUAAUUAUCAACAUAAAGUACAUAAUGUCACUAAGUGCUAUUGACAUUGGUAACAUUGACGACAACAUUAUCCAUCGUAAAUCGAAAUUAAUGUUUUAUCUUCCGUACCACUAUAUACCAAACUUAUGAUAUACAGGGUGAAUCAAACAUUCGUGACCAUUAGUAACCUAAAUUCACAAAGUGUUUUUGAACAACGUUUGCCGAUAAUAUUGGCGGAACCGUGUUGAACGGCGGUGCUCUCCCUUAAAUGAUCUCUAUAAUGCGACCGCGUCGCGGUAGAUUACAGGCAAUUACACCCGUCGUUCAGACGAAUCGUAUCCACGUAGUUGGAGGUCGGUACGGGUUAUUUGGCGUCCCCGAGGGCAGUCCUAUGCAAUCCGGGAACUUCAAUAUUUGGUAUAGGUAUACCUCUGUAUACCGUCGGGAUAGUCUUCGAACUGGUUUCCCCGUGUACGGCUUGAUGACGUGCAAAUUGGGUUACUCGCCCACGGGAAUCGCAUAAUUGAAUUUCGUCAGGUGUGCUUAUUAUCGAGCACACCUUCCAGUCGAGCGCCGCGCGAUAGAAUCGAGAUUUUCGGUGCCCGAUCGCAUUAUCCUUUCCUAGUCGAAACGCAAUGGGCAACGAGUAGAUCAAUACGUCACCUUAGGUAAGACUUGCCACGUGCAUUUGUUGGCAUAGCACAUUUACACAGGCUUAUCGCAGAAUUCGUGGAAGCAAAUUUUCAAUUUAUCCUUGAUUAUCUUAAUUAAUAUUGGUAUCAUAAAUUAGUAUCAUCAUAAAACGUCUAGGAGCACAAUCGUGUUAAAUAAGGAACCAAUUUUCAGUCUCAUCAUAAAAGAACAUAAGAAAUCUGAUGUAUAUUUUUAAUAAUUAUUUAAGAGCUUGUAAAGUAAAGCUUGUUUUUUUUUAUACCGGCCUGUUGGCGCGCUACACGAGUCUCCACUUUGUAAGUUCCUUCUGCGCAGGAAGUCCCAUGUAAUUCACUAGCGCUGCUUGUAGCAAUAUACCGCCUUCAUCUACCUAGGAAACGUUCCUCCAGCCUGUUCGUACUCGCUCAGGAAAUAUACUAGACGAAAUAUACUGUAGACACGUUCGCCCCUACCUGUCUCACGAGCAGUAGCGGAUAAACAAAAUAAAACUUUCAACUUAACUCCGAAUUUAUGCAAUGCCUCUAACAUCUUUUCGUAAAAUUAUAAAUAUUUAUUUGACAAGCACAAACAAAAAUGGGAAUACAUCUGUAAUCCCAAGUUCGUUUUUAUCGAUCACGCGGUGCCAAAAUGAACAAUAUACGAAAUAAGAGCGCUGUGUGUGUUAAAUGAGUUGCCGAAAUGGAAAUGAGUAAGUAGUGUCAACAACUUUGCUGCCGAGAAUCAACAAUUGCGAUAAGUAAGACGCCGGCUGUGAGCAGACGCGCGCCGAAUCAUGCGAUGCAAGCGAUAGCGCGGAAGGCUGCGCGUGCUUGCAUAAUAAUAAGAAUUGACUUAUUGUAUUAAAGUCCCUAAUUACGCAGCGUACUGCACAUAAUGGACGUUUCUCGAAAGCUCCGGGCGACCGAGGGAUAACGACCACAUCCCGUUUCCCGGCAUGCGCUCAGCAGGAGCGACCGAAGCUGGAGCUCGCGAAGAAGGAAGAAUGAGAUAGGUGUGAAAGUAGCAGUGUCAGGGGUCAUAAAUUUGUCAACGGUAGAUAAUGCGAUGUAAACAGCGGAGCAAGCGUUCUCCUCAUUCACUUCUGCCGCCCCGUCAGUAAAGAGAGAGGCCACGCGACGCAACGCGAAAUACUUCGCGGCGCAAGAACCGGGAGUUCCGAGACUACGUUUCGAAAGCUAUUAUCCUCCGGCUGUAAGAGACCAGGGAGGACGGCAGUACCCUUUCGUGUGACAUAACUCUAUUUUGUUCCAUUUAAGUUGGCUCUCGGCUUCCAUGGGUUUCGGCGUCGCUCGCUCUAACGUCGCCCGGAAUAUCGCCGUUCUGAAAUUCGCACAUCACGAGCACGCAACAGUUUUCGUCCCCGCUGAAUCAACGCAAUCUGUUAACGAUUUUAGCGUAUGUCCCAAUAUUUGUCCUCAGCGAGACGUGAGUUCUUCCCGAUGAUACACGUGUAACACCGUAACAAAUUCGAAGUAAAAAUGACAAAAACAUUCGAAGCUUUACUUCAAUUGUGGCCUCAAUGGUUUGCAAGUGUAAUAGUAACUCUAUUGAGCAUCAGUAUUGGUCUCGCAAUUGGUUGGACAUCGCCUUAUUUGGCACAACUAACCGGUGAGGACCCGCCGUUUCGUGUAACAUACGAAGAAGGAUCCUGGAUAGCUUCUCUAUUGCCACUCGGACGCCUCUUGGGUGCCGUCAUUGGAUCUCUCCUUUUAGAAUUUAUCGGCAGCAAGAUGUCUGUUCUGUUAACGGGAGUGCCCAUAAUUUUUGGCUGGAUUUGCAUAAUUUGCGCCACUUCUCCCAUGUGGUUGUACGUUUCGAGAAUAUUUUCAGGUAUAUCAACGGGAAUGAUGGUCGGCUGUUAUCCGCUUUACAUCGGUGAAAUUUCGGCACCAUCGAUCCGUGGCGCCUUGGUGUGUCUGAUUCUCAAUGGUUUCCCCAUGGGCACGCUUUUUGGUAAUAUAAUGGGUCCCAAUAUGCCAAUGAUGUAUUUCGGUAUCAUUAGUUUGAUAAUAACGAUAGGCUACUUGAGUAUUUUUCCAUUCCUGCCGCAGUCGCCGUAUUAUUAUGUACGACAUAAUGAUACUAAGAGAGCAGAACAAGCCAUUCGAUGGUAUUACCGAAAACCUGAUGUGAAAAACGAAAUAGAAGGUGUAGAACAUUUCGUGAAGUUGACGCGUGCGAUAAGCAUCAAGGACCGAUGGGAACAGAUAAAAGAGCCGAAAAACCGUCGCUCUUUCAUAAUGAUAAUAUUGCUAUUUAUGUUUAUGCAACUCAGUGGACCAAACACUAUUGUAUUUUACAUGGAGAUUAUUGUGAGGAAGGCAUUGUUCACAUCGAUCAUGCCUUCGACUUUAGUAAUUAUCAUCAGUGCAGUCAGUAUAAUUAUCGGUUGGUUGGGCGCAUUUGCCAUCGAUCGUUGCGGUCGCAGAUUUCUAUUAGCGAUCUCAGCCUUUGGCGUAAUAGUCGGCCAUAUAUUGUUAGGUUUGCAUUUCUUUCUGAUAGAACAUGACUACGAUCCCGGUGAUUUUGAAUGGUUGGUAGUUUUGUCACUAUUGAUGUUUACACUAAUGUGUUUCGGACUCACACCGGUGCCUAGCACAAUGUUGAGCGAACUAUUUCCGUCCGAUCUGAAAAGCGUGGCUGGAUUCGUUGGAAGCAUCACGUCAGCAGUAUUCGCAUUUAUCGCUUCUAGAACGUAUCAGCCGCUAGUAGAUAUAAUCACGGAAAAAUACGUCUUCUGGAUCUAUGCAGUGAUCAUUAUGAUCAGCUUAGUAUAUUCACUCACCGUGGUACCAGAGACAAAAGGAAAGACGUUACAGGAAAUUCAAGACAUGAUAACCGCAAGAAGUGCUACUGAAAGAUCACAACAAGAGACACGCGUUGAAACUGAAAAUACUCAAGCAUAGUAAAUUAUCUAAAACUCUCUCAGAAUAUAGAAUAAUAAUUAUUUGUUGUAUGAAAAAAAUGCAAUGAAAUGGAAAAUGUGUAAUAUACUUUCUUUAAUAUUGUACAUAUUAGUAUAAUUUAUACAAAUAAAUGUAAAAACCUAAAAUUUAUAAUAUAAAAAAGGCUGAUUACAGAUAAUUGAAUAAUAGCAAAAAAAUUUAACAUUAAAUAUGAGUAAUAAUUUUGAAUUGAAAAUUGAAAGAAACUGUCUGAACAAUAAUAGUUUUAAUUUUAGUUAAAUUGUUUUUUUAAAUUUGUUGUUUUGGCUUUUCUAGGUUCUUCGUAUAUAAAAUUUAAAAAUACACGAUAAACUUUAAAAAUAUGAGCAAUAAUAAUCACGUAUAAUAAUAAGUCAAAUUUAAUUUAUAAUAAUUAAUACAUAACACAACGCAUAAAAUACGUUUAUGAUAUUCUUGGUUCAUACAUAUACAAAAAAUUCUUAAUAUUUGAUUAAAAUUAUAUUAUUAGAACAAAUAAAUUAUUUAUUUAUAAUAAAAAUGAUUUAUAAUAAAAAUGAUUCAAAA